CCAUGGCAUUCUCAAUCGGCUUUCAAGUCACCUUUUCAACCCAACUUUUAGUGUCGAAAUGGCUCGUCCCACCGAUCCGGAGAAACGCGACAGGCAACAAAAGGAGCUGGUGCGGAAGCGCGGCGGAAGUCUCAUGAGAAAGGCCGAGCAACUGGGGAGGCUUGGCGAGAUCUUUGUAUUUACCGUUUUCUAUGAUCCACUGUAUGGCUACGACGGCAUUGUCAACAUCCCCGAGGGCUUUGAAGAACCAAACAUCAAAAAAAUGUACGAAAUGCUGCGCGACGGUCACAGGCCUACCCGAAGAAGAAGACGGCGCUGUUCAGAUUCAUCGUCACAGCGGCGAAAACAGCCCCAAGAAUUGCCCCACGAAACCGUACUCGAUGAGAUCACAGUCGAGGCAAGUGACGGAAGCUGCUUGCAAGAAGCCGACGGCGACUCCUCUAUGCAGGAAAAUGGCCGCCAACAGAACAAUGAGCUGCAGGCAUCCUCGGACGGAAUAGCUGAGAUUGAUGCCCCCCACGAGGUGGAUGCCGAUUUCAAAACCCUAUUUGGACAGGUUGAGGUUUGCAACGACUCGAAAGUAGCAGAUCUUCAGCUAGUGAAGACGCAGGCAUCCACGACCGCUCGGGUCAAGUUCCGCAGAUCAGGAAAUGUUGUGGUCGCCGAUACAUCGCAGCGCCAUCUCGAUAAGUAG